AUAAAUAUAGCUUGGAGCAAAUCUUUCAGCCACCCGAUCCCCAACCGCCCGGCCCGACAUUCCCUCCAACCGCCGCUGCGGCUGCGCCGCCCACCGCCGACAGGCGACAGCAUCGACAGGCGCAGCAGUCAACAGGAACCGAGCCAUGGCGAGCGCGGAUCUGCUGCGGAGGGAGGAGGAGUUCUACUCCUCCCUGUUUGAUUCCGCCAAAGGCGAUGGCGCCAGGUCGCGCUCACAGCUGAUCGAGAGGAAGAUCGAGGCCCUGGAGGACAUGGCCACCAGGGUCAGUAACCGGAGAUCGCGGAAGUGGUUUAACGACCGUUUGCUGAUUGAACUCGUCCCGCGUCUUUACGUUGAAGAGAUCAAAGGCCUAUUCGCUCCUCCGCCGUGGGGUGAGCAAGUGCCCUUGUCAGCAUUCUACAGGGCAAAUGUUGGUGAAUGGGAUUCCUUCAGGAGCAUUGACAUGGAUGCUGAGGCAAGAUUGAUGCAGCAUAUGAAAAAAUCAUUGGAAAAACCCAGGAAUCAUGUCGAUGAAGGGGAAUCGAUUGCGCUGAAUGCUUGGCAUCGAAUAGAUCGACACACUAGAGAAGCAAUAAAGAGAAAUUUCCUUCCUGAUCUGCUUGGAAUAUAUGAAGAACGCGUUAGGGCCUUCAUUGAAGACGCUAGUGACAAAGAUGCUCUUGUGCUGAAUGUUCAGGACCCAUUUCAGAGACUACUGCUCCACGGUGUUUGUGAGUUCUACAACGUGAGCUCGACAACCACCAGCAGUGUGAGAGAAGAUGGGAGGCCUUGGAAGGCAACCACCAUCAAGAAGAGGCAGGGCACCGGCGUUCCCUCUAGAAUCACACUAGUUAGCUUUCUGAGAAUGAAGAAGAAUGGAUCGCAGUAACGUUAGUUAGCGUUCAAGAAUACAACAAAAUUGCUUUAGAUUCCGUUUAGGCUGUUGCAAGACAAGUGAGUGGUCACUGGCAAUGUGUUCUUAUAUCGCAUCAGCCUGCUGGCUACGGUUUGGAACUUCCUGACAGAAAGUAGAAACUUCCGGUUCUACAA